GCCAAAGAUGCUUUCAAAGACAUUUCCAUAUACUUCUCCAAGGAAGAAUGGACAGAGAUGGGAGAAUGGGAAAAAAUCCGAUAUAGGAAUGUGAAAAAGAACUAUGAAGCACUGAUUACUAUAGGUCUCAGAGCCCCUCGGCCAGCUUUCAUGUGUCACCGCAGGCAGGCCAUCAAAGCCCAGGUGGGUGACCCUGAGGAUUCUGAUGAAGAAUGGACUCCAAGGCAGCAAGUUAAACCUUCUUGGGUGGCCUUCAGAGUGGAGCACAGUAAACACCAGAAGGUAAUGCCCCCGGUGCCAUUAAGUAAUGAAUCUAGUUUGAAGAAAUUGCCAGGAGCAGCGCAACUGCAGAAGGCAAGUGGCCCUGCGCAGGCCCAGAGCCCAGCGCCCCCUCCCGGAGCAGCAAGCACCUCUGCAUGGCACACUAGACAAAAGCUGGAACGCAGAGCAAAGCAGAUUGAAGUGAAGAUGUAUAGCCUACGAGAAAGAAAGGGCCACGUGUACCAAGAGGUCAGCGAGCCCCAGGAUGACGACUACCUCUAUUGUGAGAAGUGUCAGAACUUCUUCAUUGACAGCUGUGCUGCUCACGGGGCCCCUUCAUUUGUAAAGGACAGUGCAGUGGAGAAGGGGCAUCCCAACCGCUCAGCCCUCACUCUGCCCCCUGGAUUAAGUAUCAGACCAUCAGGCAUCCCUGAGGCUGGGCUUGGAGUAUGGAACGAGGCAUCCGAUCUGCCGUUGGGUCUGCACUUUGGCCCCUAUGAGGGCCAGAUCACAGAAGAUGAAGAGGCCGCCAACAGUGGAUACUCCUGGCUGAUCACCAAAGGGAGAAACUGCUACGAGUAUGUGGAUGGAAAGGACACGUCCUGGGCCAACUGGAUGAGGUAUGUGAACUGUGCCCGGGAUGAGGAAGAGCAGAACCUGGUGGCCUUCCAGUAUCACAGGCAGAUCUUCUACCGAACCUGCAGGGUGGUCAGGCCGGGCUGUGAACUGCUGGUCUGGUACGGGGACGAGUACAGCCAGGAGCUCGGCAUCCCGCGGGGCAGCGGGUGGAAGAGCCAGCUCGUGGCGGCGGGCAGAGAAGACAGACAGACCCAAAGCCCAAGAUUCAUCCAUGUGGCUCCUGCUCUUUGGCCUUCUCCAGUCAGAAAAUCCUCAGCCAACACGUGGAAUGCAGUCACCCGUCUCAGGUCCUCCCGAGAACAUCUGCAAGAGACCGCGUCCAACCAGAGGAUCCCUGCCCAGGCUAUCAAAAUCGGCAGCAGCAAUAUUCUGAUCCACACAGCUGGAGUAACAAACCUGAAUAUCAAGAGGUCAAGGAAAGGUCCAAACCUUUGCUGA